GUCCUAACUAACCAGCCACCGGUGCAAUUUACAGCUUCCCUCCCGCUUCGGACUCUCUCUCUCUCUCUCUCUCUCUCUCUCUCUCUCUCUCUCUCUCUCUCUCUCUUUCGCCGGCAUGACGGAGAAUGAGCAACGGUAUUGGCCACAGAUGCCCGGCGAGCUUCUCGAAGCCAUCAGGCGCCGCGGAUCCCUGCCGCUGCUGGCCUUGUCGUGCAAGUACAUGAAGAGCACGCCCCAAUGCCGCGGUUGCCGCGACACCGGGUGCCAUCGCUUCGUCGACGUGGCCGCGGCGGAGGAAAAAAAAACAACAACAACAGCAACAAGAAGCACUCCAUCACACACAUCAAUCUAGCGAAUAAAGACUACGGCACCAACGUUCACUGUCACGGCUCUGCGUUUGGCUGGCUGCUCCUGGAGGAACGGCCGCGGAAGCCGAGGCCGUCGGUCGCUCUACACUUGUUGAACCCUUUCACGAGAAAGAAGAUCCCUCUUCCGGCGGAAAUACGGCAGGUUGGCGGCUACCUCCUCGAUUCUGGAAAACCCCGCGAAGUCAGGAGGUUUGCACUGUCGGCUGAUCCCUCGACGGAGGAAUCUGUCGUGGUAGUAUUAUGCUAUGGCGAAAAAGUUAGUGAUGAGGUAUAUUGGGGUUUCGAUGGCGGUCUAGCUUUUUUCAAGCUGGGAGGCCGAGGAGGGAUCGAUCAACGGUGGACGUUAGUCACCUUUAACCCCUUUGAGGCUCAGCGGUGUAAUUUGGGGAGUUCGUCGGUUGUGUUUUGGAGGGACAAGAUGCACGUGCUUUCUCCGGCCGAUGGAAGGGUUUUGGCCAUUGAUGACGAUCUUGAUGGGCAAGGUGACGACGAGUCCAUGUUUUCGUUGGCUUUUCUUUCUGAGAAUUCUACUCUCGUUGGAAGAUUUGGAUACCGCUCCUGCUUGGUAGUAAGUCCAGAGGGAGAGUUGAUGCUCUUGAAUUUUUCAGUUAACAGCAACAGGUUCGAUAUUUACAAGAUGAAUGAAGAUGAGAAGAUUUGGAAUGAGGUUGAGACGAUAGGUGAUUAUGCUUUGUUUUACAAUUCGCAGAGUGCUAUUUAUGUAUGCGUCAAAGAUCAUCCAGCGUAUAGAAAUAAUUGUGUCUAUUUUCGACAGGAUGUAUACGAUCUAGGCAUCAGCCUGCUUGGUGACUGUCAAGACAAUCGUGGUCAUUUCGGAGAUUGGAUUUUCCCUUGUCUUCUUUGACAUGUAUGGGUUGUGGUACAAGAUCAAAUUUUAUUUUUUAGUUAGCAUGACAAGGGCAAUGUUAUAUGUGUUUCUGUCGGAGAUCAUCCGGAGUAUGAAUAUAUAGGAUUGUGUUUACUAUAGGCCGGGAAUAUAUGAUCUCAACGUUGACCGGGUUGUUGAUCGUCGUUAUGUGGGGGUUUGGGUUUUGCCAUAUAACUAAUUAGUUGAUCGUCAUGCCGUUUUCGUUUUCGUAGCACAUCUAUAUAUGCUGUUCAUGUGAUGUAUAGAUAGUUAUUUGAAAUUGCAUAUAAAAUUACACAAAUAAAUAUGAAUGUAAAUGUCGCAAAUGUGAAUAAAAAAAAUGUUGCAAAUCUGAAAGCAAAGUAGUGAGUCCGUAAAUCUAUCAAUUUCAUAAUUGAAAUUGUUCAACUAAGUUUUAGAAGUGCUCUAGUUUCACAAGUGGCAUGAGGAGGUCUAGCAGUGUGAUGAUUAUGGGGUGAAAUGUGUUAAUUAGUAUACAUAGAAGGUCGAGAUAUAUCUUAUGAGUCAUAAUGUCUCUAUCUAGCCCGAUCCAAAGACAUUCUGUGACCUAGCUUUUUGUGAGAUGGGAGGAGGGGAUGUGAUCAAUUCUAGCGUUCUUGUCGAUGAUUGCCCUCGUAAUGUGGGAGUUCUUGCCAAUGCCAAUAGGGAUGUUGCCCUUGGCAGCCAAGAACCUCUUGUCUGUGUCAGUCUCAUAAUAGUAAGCUCCCAUAAGUAAUGUAUCCUCGAUGAUAGCACCUUUGGAGAUGUAGGAUCGGAGCCCAACCACAAAAUGAUAGAGUUUGUAGUUCUUAAUGGCACGUCCUUCCCCAACAACAAUGUCUGUGACAUCAACAACAAGAAUUUUGGACGGAGAUAAAUACCGAAGUUGCGUGUAGAUUGGAGAAGAACAAUCAUAUAUAGAAGCUGAAAUAUGGAAUUGGUUUCUUUGUUAUUCCAAGAUAAGCAUUGUAGAAAGUCUCAAUCAUACCAAUAUCAUAUGCAUCAUCAUCUUCAGCCAUUGGUCAAGGAUGGUAGAGAAUUGGAGGUGAAAUUGUCUGAUGAGGUAUGUGAACAGAAAGACAAUAGGUUACUAUUGCUUUUUCCUUUCACCUUUGCUAAUUUCAUUUGUUCUGUGAUAUAUUUAGGGUAUACAUGGAUUCGUCUGAACGAUCUUAUAGAUGAGGGAUUGCCAGACUUGAGAUCAUAGAAAGGAACUUUUGCUAGGCAUACUAGGCAAAUUUGGUGUCAUAUAUGCAUAUAAUAUCCGUCCAUCUAUGAAAUUAGGGGAAGUAUCUUAUAACAAAAUUUAGUUUUCACCAAUAUCUCACGAAAAAAUAUUGUGCAAAAUAAACAAUGAAGUCAUUUCUAUUCGGAUUGCUAACUAUAUUAUAGCUAACUGCGAUACUAAUAUAUUUAUUUGGGAAGCCUAUUAUAUAUAUGCAAAGAAUCAUUAGUUUUGAAACCAUUUGAGUUUCACAAUUUAUGACACAUCUAAAUUUCACAAUUUAGGCAUGUAGUUUAUCUUUCUCCCUCCAUCUAUUAAAUCUCGUGAUUCUUGGGUGGUUAAGUAAUGAACAUCUUGUGAUAAU